CGUUCACUGUUGCUACGGACGAAAGUCGUGAAUGGCGGAGGCUAAAAAUAAAUCUUUAAUCGACCCUUGGAGCUGUUUGAGUUCGUGAUAAGUGGACUUUUACCACACUUUUACCGAGUGGUAUGUAACUGAAGUGAAUGUAAAAAAUGCAGAAUGAUAAGAAGUCGCUGCUUUCGGGUUUCAUUUUGACCGUUUGUGUUCCCCUGUAGCCGAGGAAAAUAUUAGCAUCAACGUUGCUUCAUGUAAAAUGAAUUUGUAACAUUUAUCGGCUGCUGAAUAAUAUGGAGGAGCUCGAAUUUAUCGAGCCGAAUGAAAAAUGAGAUGUUAUUGCGAUAUGACAUAUUUAAGUAUGCGUCUCGAUGAUUAUUUAAUAUUUGUUUUACUAUAUUUUGUGAUUUCACUGUUUGCUUGAGAAUUGUUUAUGCUGCAUAUGGUUUUCCAGGUCAAAUGGUGCUAGCAUAGCCCCUUUAUAACUGUGUUUCCUUCCCCCCCGUUUGCCGAGCAGCUCUGUAACAACUCCCUACUGUCAUGAAGACUGUUUGGAUGGAGCUGUGAAACAGUUUAUACCGGAUUUUUCUGUUUUCCACCCGAAGAAUCAUCUAGCUGACCACAACGGUGGCUGACCUGACUGUCCCCUGACCAGAAAGACGGGAAAGGACUGGGAGAUUAUUUAAAAUAUAAUUAAUACAGACUAUUACCUUACUAACUCGUCUUUCUUAUCCCCCUGUCUCUAAAUCAGAUACAUGUGUGUUUAAACCCAGACAAACAUUUAGAAUAGGCUCCUGCAAAGAUAAAUUAUGAAAACAGAAUAAAGAAUAAAAAUACUGUUCAGUAAUGGCAAAAUUCUGACAUGUAGCUGAUGGCAGUUGGCAUGACUAUUUCUUAUUUUUUUCACUUUCUAUUGCCUGAAGUAAAUAAAAUAUUGAAAAUCAGACACAAGACAAAUAUAUAAUUUUAUUCUCUUAAAAUUAAUAGUAUCAUAAAAAUUAUGGUUAGAACAAAUUUUAGGGAUAUAUUAUUUCCAGGGACAAUGUUUCCUCUAUUCAUUCUUAAAUAGUGGAAACAUUAGUCUUUUAUUCUUUCUCACUUAUGAAGAGCUGAAUCUUUUCAAGACAUCUGCCUAGCUAACAGAAGAGUUGGCUAAUGCUCAGGGAACCUCCAGUUGUUGGAUUUCAUUCAUCCACCAAGCUAAAGUCUAGCCCCAGUCUCUAACCCCAAUCUCUGUUCCUUUAAACUUUUCAGCUUUUCUUUGCUUUUGUAGAAUUGCAGCCUGUGUUGUGCUCCUGGGCACCGAAGAAGCCCCCCAUGUUGGCGGGCUUCCCGGGAGCUUGCCACUGCCCAGAGGGCAGGCUCCAUCUUUCCAGUUGGGUCAACUAGAUCUAUGAACAAUGUCCUCCCGGUCCGCGGCUGUCCUGUGACCUGAACAACAAACUCCCAACGCACCUGCUGCGGAAUUACCCACAAAACCACCUUCGCCGACCGCUGUGGGGAUCGGUCUCCUGAACCUUCUGAAGACCGCUGACACCAUGUCUCAUCCCAUGUAUAAUCCUUUCAACCCCGGUAAGAGGAUGCGACCCGAAGGACCAUAUGUACACUCUGGUGGACAAAUGGAGGUAAACCCUCAGAGGCCACCACCUCACCCUGGCGCUGGUUCCAAUUUCGGCUCUUCUGGAUCUACUGCCAUCAACUGUGGACCAUCUGGAGGACCUAUACCAAGAAUUUUGAGUUUGCCAAUAAACUACAGACCUGAGAGAAGUACGAUACCAGUAGAGAAGAACAUAGACCAACGUUUGGACUUGAACAUCAGCAGAGCCAGGGAGGAGGCUAUGCAAAAUUUUGCAAGCCAAAACACCCAAUUUACCAAUGUUCAAAGAGACACGUUUCCAUCCACAAACACCGGGAUGCAGUUAUAUUUGCCACCUCCUGCUGCUCAAGUGAACAGACCCUUCACUGUUGAUAGAGGGAGCACCUCCUUGAACUGGACCUCGGUGGAAGAGUCGUCAAAAAUGUAUCCUUCUGCUUCACCCAGCUUUCUAAGCAGCGGUGAAGGUGGGAAGCAGUCAUUUGUUGGUUUGGGUAAUUAUGACACUUCUAUGUCUGACAAAUCUGCGGCUCCUCAGGAGUCCAUUAAAUGCACGUAUGCUUCAGAAUCGGCCGGGGACAUCCUCCAGCAGUUUGGGCUUUUGAAGGAAGACCUGCACCACCUAACGUCAUACCACAAAUAUCAGAUCACCCCCGACAACCUGCCUUUCAUCUUAAGGCAAAUCCGAUUGGAGAAGGAGAAGAGCGCGCUAACAUCCUACGGUGAAACUCAACCCAUGAGGAAUAUGGGUGAAAUGGACAAGUUGAUUACCUCCAGAGGGCCAGUGUUGGAUCCAGAUCAAGUAACUUUGACGGUUGUCAAUCAAAGCAAAGUGAUUGACUAUGGACAUUCCUCAAAAUCAGAGUUGUCCUCUUUUGGACAACUGAACAAGGACACAGAUUUGAGACAACUCAUGUCUGAAGUUCCAUCGAAGAACCUAGGACCAGCUCACCAGGCAGCCUCCGAAACCCAAGUGUCCAAACCACCCUCGAAUUUGAUUCGUGGAGUUCAUCCUGGGCGCCCUGGACUCGUGCUUAUUGGCAGCAAUGUCCAGAGUCAUGAUGAUGAUCAGCGCAAAUCUACACAGCAAGCCUCAAAACCUCCUGAUCUGGAGAUGAAGAAUGAAACCAAGGGUGGAGCAAAGCAGCAGCUCCAGAUGCACCACGGACGUCCACAGCCUAAAGACUUUCCUGCGACAAAGCCACCACCACUUCUACAACACGUGCGUCCUGCUCCACCUAAUCCAGGGCCAAGCAAGAUGGAUGCCAUGACUCGUGCUGGGCCACCAAACCAUCUACCGCCGCUAGCCCUGAUGGAAGACUGCUCUGCAGCAACACCAAGACAAUUUCCUCAUACCUGUUCUCUUUGUAUUAAACAAUGUACCAAUUUGAAGGACUGGCUCUCCCACCAGAAUACUGGCCUUCAUGUUGGGAACACCACACUCCUACGGGAAAGAUACCCUGAGUGGGAUGGGAAGACUCCAGAGUUUUUGAGUGCUUCGGCUUUAGAGUCUCGUCCUGAACACAGAACUCCUGGCCAUAAUUUGCAGAACCGCCAACAGACAUUUCAAGAGAAUGUAUUGCGUCCUCACCGCCGAAGUGGGUCAGAGGGCAGAAAGAAAAAACAGCACAAAAGAUUUAGCCCUGCAAGACCUCAGAGUCCACACCAUCGUCAUGACUCUGAAAGUAGAAGAGAGAGACGGAGUAGCAGAUCACGGUCGCCGCAAACCUCCAAACACACUCACAGGCCCCGCUCUGAUUCUUUUGAUCGCCAAACUUCGUCACACUACCGCUCACGUUCAAGAAGUUACGACGGACGAUUCUCUCCCAGGAGGAGGGAAGCCAAGCGGUCGUCACCGAGGAGAAGCUAUGAGCGCCGAUCGUCUCCAAGAAGAAGCGACGAGAGACGCUCGUCACCGAGGAGAAGCUAUGAGCGCCGAUCGUCUCCAAGAAGAAGCGACGAGAGACGCUCGUCACCGAGGAGAAGCUAUGAGCGCCGAUCGUCUCCAAGAAGAAGUGACGAGAGACAGUCGUCACUGAGGAGAAGCUAUGAAAGGCAGUCAUCAGGAGAGAGAUCAGUAUCUCAGCAUAAGAGGUCCACAAGUGCCGACAGAUUGGCUAAAAGAAUCCUGGGAAAAAAAGCAGUUCAGUCUCUGUCCAAACAGUCCAACCUGGAGGCCAUGGUUAAAACUCUGGCUCCAGUUUUACUGGCUGAGCUGGUGAAUUUAAAAUCCUCGGCUGCCUCGUCAUCCUCAAAGACAGAGAAGACCUUUUCUCAUAAAUCAUCCAAGGCCACAAAGAGCGGGACAACCUCUUCAGCAAAGCCUGCGCCUGGUAGAUUCACGACACCCUGCAUGGUGACGUUUUCUGGUGUUUUUCCUUCUCUUUCACACACCGACAUGGUCGAAUCCAUGGAGAAAUUUGGCAAAAUAAAAUCUCUACUUAUGUACAGAUUAACAAAGAAGGCGCGUGUGAUUUUUGAGAAAGCAGAGGACGCAAAGAAACUGCAGUGCUUGACGAGAUUCAACGUGAAGGGAUUGCCCAUCUUUGUUGACACGCCGCUGGGCACCACUUUGAAGAAGUGUCUGCAGAAGACGGGUCCACAGAAAAAAUCUGGUGUCUCCAGUUCUGAAACUACCAAAUCCCACGUCACUGUGAAAGUUAAAAAGCCCGCAUCGUCCGAAACUAAAAACACCACAGUAGGCAAAUUUGUCUCAAAAGCAAAAGUCUUGGUUUCCAAAGCAAAAGGCAUCUCAACAAAGCAGGUCUCUAAAACUGUCAGCAAAUCCAGUGCAAAUGCAAAAAAUACUGGGAAGAUGGUUGGAGGGAAAAAUGAGGCUUCAAUGGUCCCAAAAUCCAAGAUUGGAGGAAAGAAACCUCCUGCUAAUAAGACAAAAAAACCGGUGAUGAACUCAAAACCUGUGGCCGAUUGGGAAACCAAAACCAAGCGAAAUUGGUCUCUAAGGAAGGCAGAUGCAUGGCGAGUUUUUCAAAAAGCAGCAAAAGCUUCUGCUGAAUCCUCCACCAUAACAUCUGUCAGUGAUCCGGGUAAAAAUGCUGCUGAACUUCCCCAUGUGGAUGAUGACGGCUUCAAGACUUUAACAACAGCAAUUAACAAGAACAGACUCACUAAAGGAGCCGCAUCUGAAAGCACAAACAAAGAGAGCACUGCUGUAAGAAAGACAACUCCUGAUGAUGCAAAACAGAAAAAACCACCACAUACAAAAGUAAAUGACAAAACAAUUAAUUCUUUAGGAGAAUUUGAUGGGGUUGACUUUUCCUCUGGAGAUUUUGUAACAGUUGAUGAAAUUAAUGAAGACGUUGAAGACAUGCUUGUAGACGUUCACCCUUCCUCAUCUAAGCCGACAUCCAGAGAGACAAAAGACAAGCAGAGUUCAGCUUCCAGAAAGACGUCAGCAAAGUCUGCCUCUUCCUCAUCUAAGUCUUCAAAAGGCAACUCAUCCUCUCAAUCGACGAUUUCAUCAGCAAACAACCAAAAGAGCGUCCAAAAUGAGUCCAAGAAAUCUCAAUCCAAAACUAAUUCUGUCAGGGGAACUAAGAGUUCCUCCUCAAUUUCAAAGUCUGUGAAAACUCCACCUUCCUCUGGUCAGAAAUGUCAGUCAAACCAGAGUAAGCGUCCCGUUAGGUCAUCAAAACCUUCAUCCUUGGGUGGAAGUGUCCGUUCACUGGCGGCAGCCACUAAAUCAUCUGUAAAAACUCAGUCAGUGCAUAAAAAGAUUGUAAAACCUGCACAGGGUGCAGUGGCAAAGUCUGACCACCAUGUGUCAGCAGAGUGCUCUUCUGCAAAAAAAGAUGAAUCCAUCAACAAGAUGAAGAAAACCCAAGCAAAGGAUAAGAAAAAUGGAAAAAGCACAGAGGAGAAGACGGACAAUGAAAAUAAACAAGUCCUUGAUUCAAUCAAUGAAAAAUCUGAUGAACAGAAAAACAAGGAGAACCAAGACAGAAGAACUGAAAUGCAAAUACCUGGAGCUGAGCAGGACCAUGUCAUUCAGCAGGGAGCGGAAAAUGACAAUGGCCGAUCAGAUGAAUGCCAGGAAAUAGAAGUAGAUGAGUCUCCCAAGCUGCAGGACGGUGCACUUAAAGAUCAGGCUGCUACAGCUGAUGAUGGCGAAGAAGUUCCCACAAUGAUGCAGGUUUCUGAAAAUGAUGAGACUAAAGAAGCCCAGACGUCUGACGGAUCAUCGGUCAAAGAAACAUCUGAUAAAAACCAAGUGACAAGUGAAGAAACCAACCAGACUCCAAAUAGAAGUAGUGUAAAACAAAAAGACGACAUCCUUUUAUCAGAGAGAGUCUGUGAAACCUCCAGAGAGGUUGGUCAGACCUCCAAUGAAGAAGACCACAAUGGCAGCAAAGACACUUUGAAAGACCAGAAACUUGUAUUUCCCACUGACCCACUGUCUAAAGCUGAUGAUGAACCCACAGACGAGGUCAUCGAUUCAAUGGACGAUCAACCAACAACAAUUCAGACGGAAUCAGAACGAGCAACAAAAGACAGUAAAAUCGUCUCUAGAGAUCUCAAACCAAGCAGACAAGAUCAGUCAAAAAGCAAAACCUCUAAAGGUGAUAAAGAAAACUCACCAAAGGAACAGGACAAAACAAAGCCUCCAGUACGAACAAAAGACAGCAAGAUGGAAAAAGAGGAAGAGAGUCUUAAGGAUUUUGAGGAAAUGGUCUAUAAAGUUGUGGACUCCAUUGAAGACGAUUCUUUUCAAAAGCCCUCAACCACAGGGAGUUGUAGUAGCAGACGAACACCAAGAGGAAACAAAAAAGUUGAGAAGACAUCACCUCCUGUAGAAGAACCUAAAAAAUCUGACCACAAAGAAGAGGACGUGUUUACAGUUUUAGACUCUGUGGAAGAGGAAAGUCCCAGUGACAAACCAGUGGUGACGAGAUCGACUAGAGGAAGAAGACAAAACAUAGCAAAGAAAGUUGAAGAAAAUACUAAAACGAAGGAAGACAAGACCCCCACAAGAAGAAGCACACCAGUCAGAGAUUCAAAGGAAAAAGAUGGUGAGAAAACUAAAAACAAAGAUGUUCCUCUAAAGAAAAGUGCACCAACAAAGACUAGCGACACUGUGGAGGCGGACGCUACUCAUCAGAAACUGGACAAUGUUGAGUAUGACCAACCAACUACACAGAAACCAAGGAGAGGAAGACCAAAGAGGGACAAUAAAACUAGUAAAAAAACUGAGGAAGAAAAAGAAGAGCCUGUGACUGUACAAGCAAGUCUGCAGAAAGAAAGUGAGACAAAUGACAAUACAGUUUCCUCAAAGAUGAAAGAUCCACAGCAAGCUAUUGGACGGGAGGAUGAGGAAACGGGGGCUGCUAAAGAGGAUCAACCUGCAGAAAAACAGAGGAGUGCAUCAAAAAUAGACUUUAAGAAAGAGUCACCAAAGACAAAUAACACAACAUCAACAGAUGUUUUAUUGAACCUCAGCUCAGAGGAGGAGGAUGGAGCGAGUGGGAAAACGGCGAGCGAUGAAACGAAGAAUCAUGAGGAGAAGAUGGACGUGGCUACUGAUGAAUCAGUGAUUCUACCUGAGAGAGGAGAGAAAGACGCGUCGGAUGCUGCGACUUGCAACAGAGAGAUCACAGAGGAAGAAACUCAGGAGGUUGUUGCUCCCAAUGAGGCAGAAGAGGAUCGACUGGAAAAGCAGGAAACUCAAUCAGUGGGUCGUCUACAGGCACAAAAUUUGUCAACUUCAGAUGAAGCUGGUAAAAAUGACGAGAAAGAAGAUGAGGAGGAAAACCUACAAACUUCAAACUCUUCUAAACGUAAACAUAACGACACCACAGUUAUUGAUAAACGGGAGAAAGAACUCGUUGAACCCGAAGCGAAGCGAUCCUGUUCUCAGUCUCCGAAUGUUCCUGUGGAUUUCCAGCUGCCGCCAUUUAAUCCCAACGAUCCUCUGGGUGAGGAAUUUGUGGUUCCCAAGUCUGGAUUUUUCUGUAACUUGUGCUCCAUUUUUUAUUUCAAUGAAACCACAGCCAAGAAAAUCCACUGUAGCAGCCAGAAACAUUACGACAACCUGCAGAAACAUUACCAGAAGCUAAAGCUGAAAACUUCAUGAACGACUCAAAGCAUCCAAGAGUCUUUCUUCUGAUUGAUCAAUUUACAACUCAGUUAAUUUUUGUAUAAGAAGUGAAACCAGAGACUUUCAGACACACAUUUUAUGUUUUCAUCAUGAACCAUGAUGGUAUCAGUCAUAACAUUUUUCAAAUCUUUUUCUUAAAUCGUUAAGAUUUUUUUUUUUUUGUGCUUUCUUUAGUUUUAGAUGCAAACACUGACAGACAUAUUCUAAAGUUUAAGUGGAAAAAAAGAAACAAACAUAGUUCCUUUCCGUUCUGGGAAAGUAUGGAAAAGUAUUUGGAUUAUUAAUCUUUUUUAGCCCUUUUUUGUAAAUGCAACGUCUUUCCUUCUUCUUGCCUUUCUCUCUUAUUUUUUUUAGCUUUUUUGUAACCUUCCUGCCUCUGUCGUUUUGUCUUUGGUUCUGCUGUAUGUUUGUUUUUUCCUUCCUUUCCCUCCCUGUUCCCUAUUUUUUUGUCUUUUUCUUGCAUUGUCAUCUUCUUUCUUGUUUUUUUCCUUUCUUCUAUGCAUCCUAUUUUCUGUCCAUCAUUCCCUUCUCCUUCUCCACAUCUCCUCCUUCCUGUCUUUUCUUGUUUCCUGGCUUCUGUACUAAUUGGUACAGAAGCUACUAGCUAGUAGUAACUAGUAGCUUCUUUGAAUCCAGUGCUUGUUUGAUGCCUUAACCAACUGGAACCUACUAGCUACUAGUUGGAACUAGAAGUUAGUAACUACUAGUUAGUACCAACUAGCUUCAAUCUAGCUGUCUAGUUGCUUCUAGCUAGUAGCUUCAAACUAGAAACUAUUACUAGAAGCUAGAUGCUACUACUUGCUUCUUGCUAGUAGUAGCUUGUAGCUUCUGCUAGCUACUAGCUAGAUGUUUUUCUGAACUCUCUCCUGUUUUUCCAAAAUCCUUUCCUUGUUCUUUGCAUCCUUUUUUAUCUCCUUUAGUUUCUUCACAGGUUCUGUAUUUAAACCCUGUUCAUUCCAGAAAUGUUAUCUACAAAUUUAUGGAGAAGUUUGUUUCACAACUUAAACCCCAAAAUAAAGAAUUGAAAAAUAAGAAAAAAUGUAGUUUGGAGUUUUGUGAAUGAUGUGUUGAAAGCCUGAACAACAGUACUGAACUUAAGCAAUUUUAAUAUUUGAUAAUGAAUUGUGUGUUUAUUUUAUGAAAGUUAUGGUCCCAUCCAUGUUUUCAUAAUGACUCAUGAAAACCUGCCUGAUAAAUGACAAGUGUUUUGAUCCUGACAUAGUUUUGUAUCCUUCACUCUUUGUUUGUGAUUAAGUUUUGUCUCUUGAUAAUUCUUUUGGUUUUUAUCAGUUUUUAUGAAAGCACAUUGAAGUAGUUAUUGUCGUUUAAUGACCUUUAAGUGCCGGCUGA